CAGGUGCAUCUGCCACAUAGUUUACCAUUAACACUGGCCAUGCGAUAUCAUGGCAGAUGACAAAGUUUGCUCUGGGCUGUUUGCAUCCCUGCAAACUUUUGAUAAAUCAAAGCUUAAGAAGACGGAGACUAGCGUAACAACGGUGGAUGGCAGACGCUUACUGGAGAAGGUAGACACACAUGGACGUAGGACCUCACACCUUGUGUCACAAGGCAUUCUGGGGUAUGUGGGAGAUGUACGAGAAGACCUCCAGGUGGCUGAGGUCCUGCCGGGCUUGAUAAUGGGCUCGCAGGAUGUUGCGCACAAUCUGGAACUACUGAGAAAAUAUGGCGUCACACAUAUUUUAAAUGUCGCCACUUAUGUGGACAACAUCUACCCCGACCUGUUCAAAUACAUGGACAUUCAGCUGCUGGACAUCCCGGAGACCAACAUCAUGGUCUGUUUUGACCAGGCCUUCCAGUUCAUCGAGGAAGCAAGAGCUACCGGGUGUGUUUUGGUGCACUGCAAUGCAGGGGUCUCCAGAUCAGCCACCAUUGUUAUAGCGUACCUCAUGAAAACAGCUCAUUACUCCCAUAAAGAGGCUUUUAAGUAUCUCCGUGAGCUAAGGCCAGCCGUGUGCCCAAAUGCGGGCUUUAUGGCGCAGCUGGAAUAUUUUGGGGAAUUGCUGAACACCAAACAGCAGUGAUCAUGUAUGGUGAUAUUAGAUCGUGAUGAGGAUGUCAUUUGUUUUUUUUUUUUAAUCAAGGCUGAAUAUAGUCACUGUGGCUACCUUAAUUCCUCAACUUUUUUGCAUGUCAAAGAGCAACUUUCAGUGGGCUUUAUGGACCCUUUGAACUUGUCUUUUGUGUCAAAUCUGCAUAGGUUGGGUUGGCCAACUUCUGGGCAUCGCAGGAAGUAUAAGUCUACACAGAAGAGCGUCAUCACAAUAUCCUUAAAUUAACACCUUCCAGACAUGCGAAAAGGUUGAAGAAUUGCAGUAUUUUCAAAAGGAUCAACAUGGCCCAUAGUUAUCAACGUCAAAAAUCCAAAUACAGCCUCGAUUGUUUGCUCUACGAAGUUUAAAAUUUGUACUCCAAUUCUUUACUGCAGAACCGUGUACCAAUUGCUUUUUGAGUUCUUUCAUGUUCUGAGUUUAAGUUUUCAAGCACUCGAAAUUUAGGACUUGAGUCUUAAUUUCCUUAAUAAAUAUGAGCCAUGGAAUGUCCGGUUUAUCUGAUGGAAGAAGCUCAAGCUAUGGUUCCAAGAGUCAUUGGUUCAAAUAUCGGCACGGCUUCACCAUGGGAUUGUUUGAAAAAAGAUUUUGUACUUGUAGGCUGUCAUUUUUCUUCUGGAGAGUUCACACUGUUCAGGUACUAAACCAACAUAGGCAUGCUUUGACAUUGCAUGGGUGAUAUUCAGGGUUCCAUUUCUUGGGGUGUUGCUGUCGGACAGUUUUUGUGAUAUUAUUCUUGGCAUACAUGUGUUGCAUUGAUGCAACAUGGAGAUUAAGUCUUUAUGACUGAUAUACAUAAUGCAAAGAAACUGAUCCAAUUUUAUCAAAUGGUUGUUGGCGAUUUUAUUGGAGGUCUCGCUGUUAAUAAAAUAAGAAUGUGGCACAAGUGCGCUGGAGAUUUCUAACUCACACUGGGUCAGGAAGAAUUCUGGGCCAUUAUCCACUACAGAGCUUCUCGUAGGAGAGGAAAUUGGUAACAGUAAUAGCCUUUUAUAUCUCCGUCUUAAAAUGCAUUUAUCUGUUUGUUUUUUGUAUUAAUGUAUUUAUUAUGAGUGUCUUACAGAUGUGUGUGAGUUUGUACUGCUGUAUGUUUAUCCUAAAAAAAGUAAAAUAAACCUUCAUAGA